AUGUGGGCAUUUUGGACAUCAACAUUAGCAAACAUUUUUCUACUGCUCCAAUUUGUCAUGAGCUUUCCAGCAAUCCACGUUUCACUUUCAGCUGCAAAACAAUUUCAAAAUGAGACUGAUCGCCUUGCUUUGCUUGAAUUCAAGCAUCAGAUAUAUGACGACCCGUUUGGAGUGCUGAAUUCCUGGAACCACUCACAAUACCAUUGCCAGUGGGAAGGAGUCACAUGUAGUACUCGACAUCAAAGGGUCGUAGCCUUGACUCUGAUGGAUAGGCAGUUAUCUGGAACUAUAUCUCCUCACGUCGGAAAUCUAAGCUUCAUGCGGUUCAUCCAGCUUGGGGAGAAUCAAUUCCAUGGUGAGAUUCCCCAAGAAUUCGAUCGACUCUUUAGGCUAAGAGUUUUGAACCUGUCAAGCAACGCACUCGGUGGAAAAAUCCCAGCAAACCUGAGCUACUGCUCACAGAUGAUAACUAUUAUCCUAAACAGGAACAAGCUCGAAGGCAAAAUUCCAAUUGUUCAGCUGAGCAAUUUGAAGAAGCUUGAAAAUUUUCAUCUUGAUACGAACAAUUUGACAGGUGAGAUUCCCUCCUCCAUCGGGAACUUAUCAUCACUGACCACACUUGCUCUAGACUUCAUCAAUCUGGAGGGAAAUUUGCCCAGCGAGAUGGGGCUCUUAAAAAACUUUGCUAUAUUAGCAGCUGGAGGAAAUAAACUAUCUGGUAUAAUCCCUGCCUCUAUCUUUAAUUGUUCAGCCAUUAUUGCCAUUUCAGUACCCACCAAUUCCUUUCAUGGCAAUCUCCCAACCAACAUAGGUCUCACCCUUCCAAAUUUGGAAGGAUUAUAUCUCGGGGCAAACAAAUUUUAUGGAAACUUUCCAACUUCAAUCACCAAUGCUUCUGGGCUUGAGGUACUUGAUCUUUCCAGAAAUAAGUUUGAAGGCCAAAUUCCAGCUAAUUUAGGAGAUCUCACAAAUCUUAUAGUAUUUGAUCUUUAUGAUAAUCUCUUCGGCAUAAUCUAA